GGACCAUGUUGCUCCCGAACAUCCUGCUCACCGGUACCCCGGGGGUUGGAAAAACCACACUAGGCAAAGAACUUGCAUCGAGAUCAGGAUUGAAAUACAUUAAUGUGGGUGAUUUAGCUCAAGAAGGGCAAUUAUAUGAUGGCUAUGAUGAAGAGUAUGAUUGCCCCAUUUUAGAUGAAGACAGAGUAGUUGAUGAAUUAGAAAACCAAAUGAGUGAAGGUGGAGUUAUUGUUGAUUACCAUGGUUGUGAUUUCUUCCCUGAACGCUGGUUCCAUAUAGUUUUUGUGCUGCAAGCAGAUAACAGUGUACUGUACAAAAGACUAGAAACAAGGGGUUAUAAUGAGAAGAAACUAAAAGACAAUAUUCAGUGUGAAAUUUUUCAAGUUCUUUAUGAGGAAGCAUUAGCAUCCUACAAAGAAGAAAUAGUACAUCAGCUGCCCAGUAAUAAACCAGAAGAUCUAGAAGAUAACAUCAAUCAGAUACUGAAGUGGAUUGAGCAGUGGGUGAAGGAUCAUAGCUCCUGACUUACAAGACCAGCUACUUUACAACCACGGUUGUCAUAUCCCUGCCAUAUUGAAUGAAUUGUUCAGUUAUCAGUAAAACUUAUUAAAAUUGUGUUGCAGGACUACUAGAUGGAUAGUCUAGAGAUUUAUAUUUAGGCUUUCUUUCUCCAUGAGAAAGCAAAACAUUCUCAAGUAUAGUGUAUACAGUAUCAUUAAGUAUCUAGAGUAAAAACUGUCAUCUUAAAUGCUUCAACGGCUAAAGAAUAAAUAAACCUGACUAAAUGGGUGGCUAUCUCCUCAGCUGAUUA